AUUUUAAGAAAAGCUUUUGUUUUUAUGAUAUCCGGCGAUGCCUACGUCGGUAAGUGUAGGGCGGCAAUGCUUAACGCCUGAGGCAGCUCACGUGCUAGACGAGGCGGUGAGAGUCGCGCGACGAAGGGGACACGCGCAAACGACGUCGCUCCAUGUCGUUUCCGCUCUUCUAUCUCUCCCUUCUUCCCCACUACGCGACGCCUGUGCCCGUGCCCGUAACGCGGCUUACUCCCCUCGCCUCCAAUUCAAGGCGUUGGAGCUUUGCCUUAGCGUGUCACUGGACCGAGUCCCCUCGAGUCAACUCAGCAACGACCCGCCCGUCUCUAACUCGCUCAUGGCCGCGAUAAAGCGGUCUCAGGCGAACCAGCGAAGGCAGCCCGAAAAUUUCCACCUUUAUCGCGAUAUGUCGCUGCAAAUUCCUUCCAAUAAUAUCUCAUGCGUCAAAGUGGAACUCCAAUACUUGAUUUUAUCCAUCCUCGACGACCCAAUUGUGAGUCGGGUCUUCGGCGAGGCGGGUUUUCGGAGCUCCGAAAUCAAGCUGGCAAUCAUCCGCCCCCUCCCUAGUCUCUUAAGAUGCUCCCGACCUAGUGGACCACCGGUUUUUCUUUGCAAUCUAGAAGAAACAGAUUCGGCUCACGAAAACACCCGGAUCCCAGGUCAUCGGGGAUUCAAUUUCCCGUUCCCGGGUUUUGCAUCGUUUUACGGAGGAGAAGAAAACUGUAGGAGAAUAGGAGAAAUUUUGACGCGAGGGAGGAAUCCGCUACUUGUCGGUGUAUGUGCAAAUUAUGCACUCGCGAGUUUUACGGAAUCUUUGGAGAAAAAACAACGGUUUCUGUCUAAAGAAAUUCCGGGGUUAAACAUAAUUUGCAUCCAAAAUUGUAUCUUGCAGUGCAUUAAUGAAGGUUUUACUAAAGGGGAGACGGAUUCAAAAUUUGAAGAAAUGGGUCGGCAAAUGGAAGGAUCCGGAUCCGGAUCCGGGGUGGUGGUGAACUAUGGAGAUUUGAAAAUCUUUGUUAGUGGCAAGAGUGAAAAAGACGAAGAAGACGCUAAUGAUGACAAGUUUGUCGAUGAGGAAGAUGGAGUUAGUUAUGUAGUUGGACAGUUAACGAGGUUAUUACAGUUUCAUGGAGGUAAAGUCUGGUUGUUGGGAGCUGCAACGAGUUACCGGACAUAUUUGAAAUUCUUAACUAGGUUUCCUUCCGUUGAAAAAGAUUGGGAUUUGCAGAUUUUGCCCAUCACUUCUGUUAAGAAUUCAUUGGUUCAGCCUUACUCAAAGUCCAGCUUGAUGGAGUCAUUUGUUCUAUUUGGUGGGUUCUUCUCUAUACCUUCCGAGUCGAAGGGGUCCAUAAGAAGCUCAUAUGUACCCCGCUGUCAUCUAUGCAACGAGAGGUGUGAGCAAGAAGUAAAUGCCAUUUCCAAGGGAGGAUUUAAUGUUUCCGUGGCGGAUCAGUGCCGAUCUACUUUGCCUGCUUGGUUGCAGAUGACGGAGGUUGGUGCGACCAAGGGAUCAGACUCAAAGGCCAAAGAUGGGCAGUUAUUGAACACUAUGGUAGCAGGACUGCAGAAGAAGUGGGACAAUAUUUGCCAGCGCCUUCAUCGCACUCAUCCAGGCCCCGAGUCGAACACUUUUCGAGAAAAUCCUCCAUUCCCAACUGUUCUUGACUUUCAUUUCAUCCAAGACAAGAAGGAAAAUGUUCACAGUCAUGGUAGCGACGACAGCAGAAAUGCACUGGAUGGUGAAAAUAAUUGCAUAAAUGCAACUUCAUGCUCGCCUCUUGAUUUUCAAAACAUGUCUACAUCACUAUCAAACAAUCCUUCACCUGUAGUAUCCAAGGCUGAAAAUGGAAGUUUCCUGCCCAAACUAGGGGGAAAACCUUCCAAGGGAGAUGUUUGCAAAGCAAUUGAACCCAUAUCCCCUUGCAGUUUGUCCAAUUCAAGUGUGGGUGAUACUACUCAAGCGUCAUCUACAUCUGUGGUUUCUGUGAAAACUGAUUUAGGGUUGGGUUUAUGUUCGGGUUUCUCGGGCAAUACAUUGAUGAAUCCUUCAAACCGAGACCAUCCAGGUUGCCUCCCUGAAAAUUUUGAUGCUAUUAAUGGGACUGUCUCUAGCCAUCCAUCUCAGUUCUCAUCCUCUUCCUCCCCUGACUUUGGUGGAAAGCUUCACCUAAGCAAUUUCAAGACGCUUUUUAAAGCUGUCACCGAAAGAGUUGGAUGGCAACCUGAAGCUGCAAGUGUUAUUUGCCAAACUGUAGCCGACCGCUGUGCAAGAAAUGGAAAAUGUCAUGGAGCCAGUCGAAGAGGUGAUAUUUGGUUGAAUUUCUCUGGACCUGAUAAAUGUGGCAAAAGGAAAAUUGCCCUUGCACUCGCAGACAUAAUAUAUGGAAGCGGAGAAAAUUUCAUCUGCAUUGAUCUAAGUUCCCAAGAUGGGGCGGCGACCAGUAUGCAGUUGAUCUUCAAUUCCCAGGAAGUGAAUAAUGAUUUAAGGUUCCGAGGGAAGACUGUGGUUGACUAUAUUGCUGAAGAGUUGAGCAGAAAGCCCUUGUCUGUUGUCUUCCUUGAAAAUGUAGAUAAAGCUGAUGUUCAGGUUCAGAGCUGCUUGUCCCAAGCUAUCCGAAUCGGUAAGUUUUCGGACUCACGAGGAAGAGAAGUCAGCACAAGCAAUGCGAUAUUCGUGACGACUUCAACAUUAACCAAGGAAAAUCAAGUUGUUUGUCAUAAAAAACAAGCAUCUAACUAUUCCGAGGAUAAAAUAUUGAGAGCCAAGGGUCGGCCACUGCAGAUAGUGAUCAAGCAUGAUGACAAAAUAAUUACAAGGAAUAGCACCUCUAAGCAGGGGUUUUUGAAUAAAAGAAAGCUGAUUGGCUCCCAUGAAACUCUGGAGCAGCAUGAGAUGGAAAUUAAUAAACGGGUCAACCGAACAUCACCUUUGAAUCUAGAUUUGAACAUUCCUGCUGAAAACAAUGAAUUGCAUGAAACUGAUGACGCCAUUGUCGACAAAGACUGUGUCGAUGAGAGCCCCAUGCGUUGGUUGCGGGAUUUCUUUGAUCAAUCUAUAAAAAAUGUGGUAUUCAAGCCAUUUGAUUUCGAUGCACUCGCAGAGGAAGUACGGGACAACAUAAACCAGAAUUUCCGCAAGUUGAUAGACGCAGAGUGUUUGUUAGAGAUAGAGUCGAAAGCCAUGAAACAACUAGUGGCAGUUGCAUAUUUAUCUGAUGAGAAGAUGGUGAUUAGGGAUUGGGUGGAACAAGUUCUUAGCAAGGCAUUCACGGAAGUUGAGAAAAAGAACAACCUCAACGCUCACACCGUCGUGAAACUUGUUCCCUGUGAGGGCCUCCCUUCUGAGGAGCAAACACUAGGACUAGGAGUUUGUGUUCCCCCUAAAAUUAUUCUCAAUUAAUAUAAGUAUAGCUUCAUAAUCCCAUGAUUUUUGGGGCAAUCUUCUCGUCUUCCAGUUCCAGGUCGCUAGGUCGUGUAUUCUACCAUGUAUAAUCAAUCUGUAGUGAAGUGUUAGUGUGGUACAUCUAUUCUUCACCACCAAAAAGGGACCACCAAAAAGGACCCCUUUUUGUAUUUUUUUUUGGCUUGGUUUGAUUACUUGUGGAUGUUUUUAGAUAUAUGAUCCUGCCUUGUAUGAAGUAACCAUUUCUUACAUUUACCUUG